AUGUACAUGUCACCACCAAGUCCCGGCAAUCCACCCCCUGGUGGAUCAGUCAAAACCCCAACCAUGAAGUCCACCCAAGUCUCCGAGCCGACCACUCCAACCAGACCCAAAGCCGACGCGCUCGCGAAUGCACUGGCAAUGUCGCUGAACCCGGCGCCCUCUUGCUUCGAACAUCAUGUUUCUUCCCCCCCGACCCCCUUACGAACAGACGCAACUGUCUUUCCGGCAGCAGUAAGAGACCCUGACACCCUUGGAACCCUCGUUGAAAUCCGUGAUUCCGAGGAGAAAGGCCUCGGUGUGUUUGCUCUGUGCGACAUACCUCCACGAACCAUCCUCCUGUGCGAGAGCCCUCUUAUUACUCUUCAAGAUGAUGGCGCUCGUGUUGACCCUCUCGAUACCACGGUUAAUGCUUUAUCUCCCGAGAAGAAGAAGAUAUUUUUCUCGCUUUACAGCUAUUCCCGAAACAAGAAUGAAUCGCUUAGCAGAAGUAUCGUGUACAGCAAUGGUUACGCAAUCAAGAAUGACCUUGCCACUGGUCUGUUCGAAACUGCUUCGAGGAUCAAUCAUUCAUGUGUCCCGAACUCCAAGUAUACGUGGAAGGAAAGCAUUGGGAAGAUUGUAUUCUGGAACCGCUUCAAGCUACUAGCUGGUGAGGAGGUCACAGUCGAUUAUGGACACAAAAAGACGUAUCUCAAGCGAAUCUACGGUUUUGACUGCGCCUGUGGUGGAUGUACUGAUUCGGGCUCAGACGCAAGAUCUGAUGGGUUGAGUAGCAGUGGAAGUGGAAGUGGAAUGGUGAAGGACAUGGGAAGGAUUGAUGAGAUUCUUCAUGGCAGAGAUAUGGGGGAAGAGAAGAUGUGA